UGCUAAAUUCCAUCCAAAAGAGAAAUUCAGUUAAUUCAAACAUUCAAAGGAUUUGAGCUCUUCCGUUAUUCUUUGAUGAUUGGGCAGCGGUAAACUUCAAAGGGAAAACUCUUCAUUCUGACUGGCUGGAGUUCUGAUCAAACUCGAUGAAAUGUUGCCAGUGUGUUCACUUUGCUCCAGGAUUCUCCCGCGAGUUGUUUGAGGUGCGCAAUUUUGGGAACUAUAAGGAUUCUGGCUCGACAAGGCUUCGUUUGCGUGGCUUAACUGCGAGAGCCAUAAUGCGCAAUGACCCACUGCAAGCUUUCCUUCAGGAUCGGACGCCAAAUUCCACCCCAGAAUCCAUCAAAGGAUCCCCCUUGAUGUUGCUGGAAGACACCUGUAAUCGCAUCUGCCAUUCCCAUGCAUCCAGAUCCAUGGAGCACCACCAGCACAUCUCAUAUGAAGGCUCCCCACCAAAGCUCUUCCAUCCCUGGAGAAGUGAUGCAACUUUCUCACAGCACCUCCAGACCCCAUUAAAUCCACACCACGAGUUGCCACUGACACCCCCGGCGGAGCACUAUGACUUCUCACCCCUGAAGAUGUUGCCUUGUGCGUCAGCAUGCGCUACUCUUCCCACGUCUUACGUGCCCACGCACACUGGACUUUUGGACCAAUGGUGGACUGCCAAUCACUCCUCAACACAUCAAUUUGAGAUCCCCCGCGGGUGGGUUCUGGGUCACCCUGAGCUCGGCCAGUACCAGACACAAAUCGCCACCCUGUUGCACUCCAAGUCUCGCAGAUGCCGGAGGUGCAUGUGCCCCAACUGCCAAAAGAGCAGCGACGCGUCGGGGAAGAGAAAGCAGCACGUGUGCCACCUGCCGGGCUGCGGGAAGGUGUACGGCAAGACGUCGCACCUGAAGGCGCACCUGAGGUGGCACGCAGGUGAGCGGCCGUUCGUCUGCAGCUGGAUGUUCUGCGGGAAGAGCUUCACGCGCUCAGACGAGCUCCAGAGGCACCUGCGCACGCACACCGGCGAGAAGCGCUUCACCUGUCCAGACUGCGCCAAACGCUUCACGCGCAGCGACCACCUGGCCAAACACCUGAAGACGCACCUGAUGCGCAAGAACAGACCGCUGUUCCCCGUGCUGGAUCACGUCAACAAAACUCUUGAACAGAAGUCUUAGAUCGUAUUUUGUGAGCACUUUUUGCGGGCCAUCUCAGUAAAUAGGCCUAUAAAAUGUUGGGGUGUGUUUUUAAUUCAAGUCAAAUCUUUAAUUUGGGGCAAGUUGUCACAUUUGUUUGUAAAUGUUAUACAUGCGUAUAUACAUUUUAUUAAUUACAAUAUUUGUUGGACAAAACAAUAGUUUUGCCUUUUUGUGUGUUUGCUGUUCCAUCGAUUUGUUUUCAUAACUGGUUUAAAUAUAACAGAAAAACCAGCUGUUUGAUGUCAUUGAGACAUCUUAAGUGACAACAUGCUUAAAAGAUAUGGGUUAGGCCAAGUCUUUCUUCCUUUAAUUCUGUCUGAGAAAUGUUCAAAAGCGUUUUAUCGUCAGGACUUUAAGGUAAGUGUCUAUAUAGAAUUUUUUUGACCAUGAAAAAAAAUUAAAAUAAUAAAGUUUACCAUACGCAAGAUGUUAACUUAAGCAAAAACGUUAAUUGGCAUUUACCUUCGUUUUCAAAAAGACAUGGAGGCUAUAUCAAGUGUAUACUA